UUUUUUUUUUUUUUUAUCAUUAAAAAAAUUUUUAUCGCAAAAUGGACUACUUUGCCUAUGAAAGUAAGACACGUUCAGUAUCAUUAGAUUCGACACCUGAUGGUACCCCUUCAACUCCAACAAUAUAUAUCCUUGACAACGGAAAAUCAGUGCCUAGGCCCACUUGUAUUAGAUUCUCAGGCUCAAUAUUUACUGAUGAAAUCGAAUCAACUAGCUCAAUCAUGAAAAGAGAACAAGCGUUUAAUAUGAAAGCAUUAUCGACUUCUUUGCCUUCUCCUCCCAUGAAUAUUAGUCCAAUCAUAUUACCUUCUCUGUCAUUACCCAGCAAAAAGCCAAGUUAUAAACGAAGAUUUAGUACGCCCCCCAAUCCCGUCCAUUUGCCUAGGCUACAUGUCAUAAUCGUAGAUGAUAAUAGUAUCAAUCUCCAGAUAUUAUCUCGUUUAUUGAGUAUGCAUAUGUCUGACAUAUUUGAACAUAUCGAGCUGGUAAAGAGUGGUGUUAAAGCACUGGAAGUGCUAAAGUGUAGACCCUUUGAUCUUAUUUUAAUGGAUAUCGACAUGCCAAUCUUAAACGGUGUCGAGACUACCAAACGCAUUCGUUCCAGCCUAGAAUCAGACAUAUUGCCUCAAAAUCGUAAAUGUCCGAUUGUUGCGGUGACAACCAACGAUUCCAAAGAGUGGCGCAAGAUAUAUACAGAGAUUGGCAUGAGUGGCUGUAUUGGUAAACCUAUCUCACCCAAAGAUUUAAAAAUAACUUUAUCCGCAAUCCUUGGCCUUCAUAUCGCUAUUCCCCCAUAUACACCUGAAUGACUCGUCAUACCUCUUAUUAAAAAGAAUGUAUAGAAACAAGCACACCUUUCUUUAUUCAAAUUAUACCAAAUGUACAUAUAUAACACACAUACAUCAUACAUUCAUUCAUUGUAAUAAACACCCCUUUUUAACGUUUGAGCGGAAUAUCAAUGUUUAAAUAUAAAAAUAAAAUUUCAUUUAGCCGUCUGAACCCCCAGUGACACGGGUGUAACUUGGUUUUCAUGUCGCGGUUAAACCAAUCAUGAUAUUAAAA